AAUGUCAAUACCACAGACAAAAAUCGCAAAACAAACGUGCUGUGAAAAAGCCUAAAAAGUACCGAAAGGCAAUUUAUUUUGAGAAAAAAAGCAUUUUAAAUGAAAAAUGGCGGUGCGGCCACAGCACAUGCACGAUGGUGGAAUUGUGGAGCGUCGGUUGCGACCAAUUUACGACUGGUUGGACAUUGGGAAUAAUAAGAAGGCGCUGCAAGAAGCUGAGAAAGUGCUUAAAAAAACUCCUACUUUGCAAGCGGCCCGGGCUUUGAAGGCCCUAGCACUUUUUAGGUUAGGAAAAGGACUUGAAGCGCAGGUAGUUCUUGAUGCACUGGCUGAUGAAAAACCGAGCGAUGAUACCACGCUGCAGGCGAUGACGAUAUCCUAUAGAGAAUCUCAACAACUUCACAAAGUGUGCAUGUUGUAUGAAAAUGCUGUUAAGUCUGAACCAACCAACGAAGAGCUGCACUCCCAUUUGUUCAUGUCGUACGUGAGGGUCGGCGACUACCGGUCACAACAGCGCGCUGCCAUGGCGCUGUACAAGUUUGCCCCCAAGAACCCUUACUACUUCUGGGCUGUUAUGAGCAUUGUUCUGCAGGCCAAAACAUCAGAAGACAACACAAAACGAGGAAUCCUUCUAGCUCUUGCUCAAAGAAUGGUGGACAACUUUAUAAGCGAAAACAAAAUGGAGGCAGAACAAGAAGCCCGUCUUUACAUCAUGAUCCUAGAACUACAAGAGAAAUGGGAAGACAUUUUGAAGUUCAUUGAGAGUCCCUUAUACUCCCAACUGGUCCCAGGAUCCACAGCCCAAGCCUCCAUCCCGUAUUUAAAGAAGCUGGGACAGUGGAAACGGCUCAAUGUAGUCUGCAAAGAACUCCUAUGGGACAAUCAAGACCGAUGGGACUACUAUGUACCAUACUUUGACUCUGUCUUCUACCUGAUGAAGGAAAAUGAGGAGGAUGCGGAUAGUUCUAUUGAUAAUACUGCCGAGAAGUGCCAUGAAUUUAUAUGCCAAUUAGUAGAAAGUAUGUCCUCAGGAAGGACACUUAGAGGACCGUACUUAGCUAGGUUGGAACUGUGGAAGAGACUGGCUGUUGAUGGUGACCCUACGUCUUUGAUUGGUAGUGGUUUGUCAUUAUGUGUGCAAUAUUUAAGAGUGUUUGCUAACAAGCCUUGUGCGGUGCCAGACUUGAGGCCGUAUCUUGGAAUGAUUCCACAGAAGGAGAGAGAAGAAAAGUGUAGAGAGUUUUUGACCUGUCUUGGCUUCGAUGAAAAUAGUGAACCUGAGUCGGCUGAUGACAUCCAGCGUCACGUAUCGUGCCUCGCGGCGUGGCGACUGGUGGCGGCGCCACUGCCGUCUACUGGUGCCUUGGAGUUAGCCGCCACUCUCCGUGGACACUACUUGCGAUGUCUACAGAAAGGACUCGUGACCUCAAACAUAACAGAGUUCUGUCCAGCCGAUAACUAUGGAAUUUUGGCUGUUCAUCAUUACUUUUAUGCUGGAGUAGAGCAACAGAGCUCUGCGCCAAUAGUUGAGGCGCUGUGCCUCCUAGAGCUGGUCCUGCAUCACUCGCCCGCCAACUUCCACGCCAAGCUGCUACUCGUUAAGCUGUACCAUUUGUUAGGUAAUGCGUUAGCAGCGGACAGUAUAUACCAGCGGCUGGAAGUGAAACACAUCCAACUAGUGUCGCUCGGCUGGCUGCACUGCGCGCGCCUCGCCCCCGCCUGCCUCGCCAGCCGAGCUCUGCAGCUACUCGCUGACACCAGGGCCUUCCUCAAACACCAUGGCAAAGAUAGCGUGGAGCACCUAACGUACGCGUACAAGUACGGCACUUUCGAGAAGCUGGUGGAGCUGUCAGCGUGGGCGGCGCGGCUGGAGGCCUGCGCCUGGGGCGCCGCCGCCGCCCGCCACCAGGCGCUGCUGGCCCAGCUCGCCGGCCCGCCCGCGCUGCUGCACCAACCCUCGCGACUGCCCGCCCAGCCCACCGACAACCGCGACCUAAACGUUAUAGUAAAUUAUGAGCCGCCUCAAUUCCAAGAUGAAAAUUUGAAGGCGCGUACCUUUGAUCAGGAGGUGUCCUAUCUUCGGCUUAAAGACGCCCUAGUGUCGGCCAUAGCGCUAUGUAUCGAGCUGGCUGACAGUCGGCCGGUGGACGAGAAGAAGGGCCACUAUGAACAGCUGAACACCUGCAUAGAAGCCUUUAGUACUGCUAUGGAGAAAUGCCGGCAGUUGUACGCUGAGAAAGAAAGGAUCAGUAUAUCUGCACCGUUCCCUUCUAGGAUUAUUGCAUUUGUAAACUCACCGGUACCGUACCGGGAAUUGUACGCGACGAUUCUGCGACUAGUCGGCGAGUUGGCGAUUAGUCGCACGACUGCGGCGCACGACGCGUGUCAAGCGGUCGCUCGACUAUUGCCCAAGGCACAGGAUCAGCUGCAGGAUGAGAUCGCAGUAAAAGGAGACCCGGUGUGGAGUAUGAGGGACCGGCUUGAGUGCCUGUCUAAUUAUUUAGAGUUCAUAGGUAUCAUAACGUUCUUGCUGGGCGUCUGCAACGAGCUAUUCUCGCCCGCUAGCGCCAAGAAAUCCAAGAAGAAGACCAGCCACUCUCCAGAUGAAAUCAAAACAUCCGAACUGUUGAACGAACUCAACAACGCCGUGCAAACUUCUAUAACCUUCCUCGAACAUAUACUAGACGAAUGGCCGAAAUACGAAGUUAGCAACAUGGAUGAAAUACUCGCCAAACUAACCCUAGACGACAAAUACCAAAGCCCAGUAGAAAAUAAACUAAAAACCGGCCGAGACGAUAUGCUAAACGACGUUAGGAACAUUCUCAAAAGAAAAUCGAAAUAUUUAAAGAGUCUGCUACAAUGAUGCCUAAGUGCUUGUACGAAGUAAUUAAGUAUUGUUUUUUAUAAUAAAUAUACAUAUCUUGUAAAUACUUUCGUCUUUGCUGUACGCGUUGUUGACGCCGGCGGAGUUACGUCGUUGCGGAUGUAACGCGUUACAUCCGCGGCGACGUAACUUACGGCGGGAAGCGAUGCCGCUUCAAUUUUUAUUGACAUAACGAUUGUUGUUACUGAAUUAGUCAAUGUAUUUGUAAAAAAAACGUCCCGCACAUCAGAAAUAUUCUAUUGAAAAACAGUAUAUGAUUUUUAAAAUUUAAAUAGUGUUACAGAAUUUUGCCUUAUUAUGGAUAUUAAGACACGGAGUAGCAUAAUGUAAAGACAAUGGUCUAGUUGGUUUACCCACAGCUUUAAGGCUAGGUCAUAAUUUACUGCCAUGGGAAAACCACUCUUAUUACUUUGGCGCUUUAUACUGCACAUGGCGAUUAUAGUAUGCAGUGCGCCAAUAUAAUCGAGUCUAUAUUUGCAACUAGUCUUCCUGUCUUAUUAUAAACAAUAAAUUAUAUAGAAAUGCAAUCUGUAAGUUUUAUUACAUUCUUUGACUGUUCGAGACCCGUAUGCUUGAAUAAGUUGAUACUACAUUGUCAAAUUGAUUAGGAUUACAUGUUUGUCGCAUAUGCUGUCCGUUUAUGGGCCCCCGCGUGGCUUGAAACCGGUCGAGAAACCUGUCCAACUGUAACUUGAUUACGGGUUAAUUUUUCAAUAGUCUGAUAAAUGUUAUCUGUAGAAUAAAUUUGUUGCUGUCACUGUCUUAUACAGUGCGG